AUGAACUCCGCCUCUUCCACAUUUAGGAUUCCCAAGCGACAAAUACUUACCAAAGACGAUUUAGACAAAUUUCAAGAAUCGCAAGCAUAUGAAGAAUAUACUUCUUUUAUUAUGCGGUUAAAUGAUUCAGUCAAGGGUUUAAAACUGACAACUGAAUGUAUUGUUUCUUCGGCUUUAGUAAAUAUACUGGAAAUCUUGGACACCGUAAAUACUUAUUGUACAGAAAUUCCUCCAGUAAAUAACGAAAAGAGUCGUUUUGGAAACCCUGCAUUUAGAGAUUUCUAUGAUCGGGUUACAAGUACUGCCUUUGAACUUCAUGAAAAUCUAUCACUUCCUCCAGCUGCAAUACCUGAAGUAUCAAAGUAUUUUGUUGAAUCUUGGGGAAAUCGAAAAAGAAUAGACUAUGGCACUGGUCAUGAGGCAAAUUUCAUAGCAUGGUUGCUCUGUCUUGAAAAAUUGGGAUUGAUAUGUCCUGACGAUUAUACUGCAGUUGUGCUUAGAGUUUUUCAAAACCUUCAAUUUAAAUACUGGCUUGAACCAGCUGGAUCACAUGGUGUAUGGGGUCUGGACGAUUAUCAUUUCCUACCUUUUUUAUUUGGUUCCUCUCAAUUAAUUGGUCAUAAAUAUAUUCGCCCAAAAUCGAUUCAUGAUAAAGAUAUUGUAGAUGAAUUUUCAAAAGAUUAUAUGUAUUUAGCCUGUAUAAAAUUUAUUAAUUCUGUUAAAACCGCAUCUUUACGCGUUCGUGAAUGGAAGAAAGUUAACGAGGGAAUGCUUAAAAUGUACAAAGGCGAAGUCCUUGCAAAAUUACCCAUCAUGCAACACUUCAUGUUUGGAUCUCUGAUAAAUUUUGAAGAGUUCCCAGAUUGUUGUGGCAUCAAGAUUCCGAGUGCUAUGGGAGCAAAACAAAUGAGUAUUAGGGAAGGGACUAUAAAAAGAUUACCAUUUGAUUAG